AUGCUAACCUUACUAGCAGGACUGCUCGCCCUAUAUGUUCUACCAACACUGACCAUACCAUUGCGUCAUGCUGAGUUAUUGUUCGGGAAACCACUCAAUUCCCUUCAUCCGAUGUCACCGUUGGAUUCCCCGUCCCCUAUUGAAGCAGGUCUGCCUAAAUCCCCGCUUGACAUCGCUUUACCAGAAGCUAACACUCUCCCUCCUCCAACUCUGCCCAUGCCCACUUUGGAUUCCUUUCGCCCCAGAGGAUUACUCGGUAGCAGAAGAAUCGCCGAUAAAUUGGAAGAGUUGCCACCUUGUCAACGCCAAUGCGUGAAAACCCUUCACGACACACUGGGAGAUGUUCUGCACAAUGGAAAUUAUGUCGAUAAAUAUCGUAAAACCUGCUCAGCAUAUAAAUAUGCAAGGAAGUGUGUAAAAAAGCAACAAGAGCUCUGUAACGAAAAUGGAGAGUUGUUUGCGGUAGCCACUUCUGGUAUUCAUUAUAUGUGCAUCGAACAAGGCAAAGCUUUCAAUGCGACCAUAGAAUGCGUCGAACGCAAUGCUGUCCAAGUUCAAGGAAUCUGUGAGUAUCAGUGCCAUACAAGGGAGAAUCUAAUCAAAGUGAUUACUGAAUCAAGGUUCAUGCAGCCUUUUGGUAGAGCACUUGCGACCCUCCGUUCCGACAGUGCUCAUCCUGCUGCGUUUGGCGAACCACACAUACCCAUGGAUCCGGAACUCUACCACUUUGGACAUCCAGAAGGAGGAUUAGGGCUGAUGGAUCCUAUGGGAAGUUUGGACGGAGCGUCGCAGCAUGAUAUAGGCGACCCGAUGCAUGACUAUGCGACCAUCGCCGCUCACGCCUGCCAACAAUUCGAAUGUGCAUUGAAAUGUUUGAGAGGAAAAUAUGAUAUGCUAUGCGCGCCCAACAGUGGGAUGUUAUUAUCUGAAGCAAUAAUACGUCCCAUGGCGUUGGGCCAUCGAAUGUUUCCGCCGGCCUUCCUUGCCCUUGGCAUGAUGCUUCCAGAAAGCUGCAAGUUUCUUUCAAGCGGCACGCGCAUGCUUCGCCACCGAAUUGAUCCUUCCAUCCACGCUGAGCUGCUGAGAAAGUUUGGAACAACCGAUGAAGAAGAAGACUAUGAGGAUGAAGACUAUGUUGAAGAAGAUCCCAACAACAAGUCACCUAUCUACGGCAACGUGGAUCUGGAAGCACUUGUUAACAGUAUCUACGACAACGAGACUGGCGAAGUCUAUGAUGGCUAUAAUGUUAACAGUAUCUACGACAACGAGACUGGCGAAGUCUAUGAUGGCUAUAAUGGUACUGCCGCUCAUAAAUUGAAGGCAUCUGGCGAAAACUCGACGCUCAACUACUCAGAUCAAAUUGUGAAUUACAAAAUUGCCGAAUACUCGAACUCCAGCUAUGAAGGACCGGCAGAAGACUUCGAAGAUUUAUUUGCGAUUUUUGAGUCGAACGACACAUUCGUCGACGGAUCGGGUGAGGGAAACGAAGAAUCACGAAUAAUUGUCUUCAGAACGCCUCUGAGUAAUAAGCCAACUUACUCAAUGUUUACUGCAAACACAACAGGUAUACUUCAUUGUGGCGUUGCUCGAAGACGGAACAUUUUAACUACUAAUAAUGAAACUCUUACCUAAAGAGAAGUUCACCUUAAACUGUAUCCGAGACUUGUGCAAAUGGAUAGUAUACAUAGAUUCACAGAAAAUUAUGAUUAUAAUAAUAAAUUUUUACAAUAGAG